AUGCUCGCUGCUACUUCCAGGGCGGUGCGCAUCGGCGCCCGUCGCGCUGCCCCCCGAGCGGCCUCCAUCACCGUCGCGCCGAUGCCCAAAAUCUCCCUCGGUCGAAACACCAGCAUCGCUCGAUCUCUGUCUUCCACGGCGCGUCUGUCAUACGCUGCCACCACAAACCCAAACCCGCCCCUGGGCAAGAAGAACGCCUCCAACGAGACGCCGUCCCGCAUUGGCCUCAUUGGAGCCCGCGGCUACACUGGCCAAGCCCUGAUCGACCUCUUCAACGACCACCCCCUCAUCGACCUUCGACAUGUGUCUUCGCGAGAACUCGCCGGCCAGGAGCUCAAAGGAUAUACCAAGCGCAACAUCGUAUAUGAGAACCUGUCGGCCGAGGACGUCGCUCAGCUGGAUAAGGAUGGCAAAGUCGAUUGCUGGGUCAUGGCUCUUCCCAAUGGCGUCUGCCAGCCUUUUGUACAGGCUCUCGACCAGAGUUCCAGCUUGAUCGUUGAUCUUUCCGCCGACUACCGAUUCGAUGACUCGUGGAGCUACGGAUUGCCUGAAUUGCAGAAGCGAGGCACGAUUGCACAAGCGACGAGAAUCAGCAACCCUGGCUGUUACGCUACCGGCUCGCAAUUGGCCCUCGCGCCUCUUUUGGAGCAUGUGGGAGGACCUGUCAACGUUUUUGGAGCGUCGGGCUACAGUGGUGCAGGCACAAAGCCCUCGCCCAAGAACGAUGUCAACCUUCUCCGUGAUAACCUGAUUCCUUACAGCUUGACUGGACAUAUCCACGAGCGAGAAAUCAGUCAUCAACUUGGUGGUGUGCCGGUAGCAUUUAUGCCGCAUGUCGCCUCCUGGUUCAGCGGCAUUCACCUGACCAUUAACAUCCCCUUGAACAAGACGAUGACUUCUCGAGAUAUCCUUCAGAUCUACCAAGACCGAUAUGCCGGUGAAAAGCUCGUAAAGAUUGUUGGCGAGCCUCCGCUUGUCAAGUCGAUCCAGAACAAGCACCAUGUCGAGAUUGGCGGGUUCGCUGUCGACAAGACCGGCAAGCGUGUCGUGGUUUGCGCCACGAUUGACAACCUCAACAAGGGCGCUGCGACCCAAUGCUUGCAGAACAUGAACCUCGCGCUCGGAUACGAUGAGUAUCAGGGAAUCCCCAUCUAA